GCAGACAAAACGAACAUGGCGGCAUCACAAUCAUUUGUGAAUCGAAAGAAAAAAUCUUUUCUGGGCUUAUCAGCACCUCUUGGCUAUGUUCCUGGUUUGGGAAGAGGUGCAACUGGAUUUACCACACGAUCUGAUAUCGGUCCGGCUAGAGAUGCUGAUGAUGUGGAUGACAAACACCUUUCAAAAAAGGCAAAAACGGACGAUGAUGAUGAUGAUGAUUUAAAUGAUUCCAAUUAUGAUGAGUUUAGUGGUUAUGGUGGUUCACUGUGUGCAAAAGAUCCUUAUGAAGAGGAUGACGCCGAAGCAGACGCGAUUUAUGAGGCAGUCGAUAAAAGAAUGGACGAAAGACGAAAAGAACGGAGAGAAAAGCGUUUAAAAGAUGAAAUUCUCAAAUAUCGUCAAGAACGUCCAAAAAUUCAGCAACAAUUUGCCGACUUGAAACGAGGACUCGCUGAAGUUAGCAAUGAUCAAUGGCUUAAUUUACCAGAAGUUGGAGAUGCUAGAAAUAAACGUCAAAGAAAUCCAAUGGCCGAAAAAUUUACUCCUGUACCAGAUUCAGCAUUUGCUAGAGCUGUAUCUGCUGGUGAUAAAAAUACGACCAUUGAUCCAAAAGAUCAAAAAUAUGGCGGCAUUGCAACACCGUUCCCAGGCGAUAUGACUCCCGGUUUUAAUACUCCAGCAGGUGAUAUUGACAUGAAGAAAAUUGGCGAAGCCAGAAAUACUUUGAUGGAUAUUAAAUUAACUCAAGUGUCAGAUUCGGUCUCCGGUCAAACAGUAGUUGAUCCCAAAGGUUAUCUUACCGAUUUACAAUCAAUGAUUCCAGCAGGAGGAGGCAGUGGAGAUUUAAGCGAUGUCAAAAAAGCUAGAUUACUGUUAAAAUCUGUUAGAGAAACUAAUCCAAAACACCCGCCUGCCUGGAUUGCUAGUGCUCGUUUAGAAGAAGUUACAGGAAAAUUACAAACUGCCAGAAAUAUAAUAAUGAAGGGAACGGAGCAGUGUCCCAAAUCUGAAGAUGUUUGGUUGGAAGCUGCUCGACUUAUGCCAGCAGAUCAGGCUAAAGCUGUUGUUGCUCAAGCUGUUAGAAAUUUACCGCAAUCCGUAAGGGUUUGGAUGAUGGCCGCUCAGUUGGAAAAAGAUGCCAGAAGUAAAAAGCGUGUCUUUAGAAAGGCAUUGGAGCAAGUUCCUAAUUCUGUUCGAUUGUGGAAAGCCGCUGUUGAGUUAGAAAAUGAAGAAGAUGCACGGAUAAUGCUUACUAGAUCAGUAGAGUGUUGUCCAACAUCUGUAGAGUUGUGGUUAGCUUUAGCCCGAUUAGAAAGUUACGAAAAUGCUAGAAAAGUGUUAAAUAAAGCUCGUCAAUGUAUUCCAACGGAUAGAACAAUAUGGAUAAAUGCCGCCAAAUUAGAAGAAGCUCAUAAUAGUUUUAGUAUGGUUGAAAAAAUUAUUGAAAGAGCAAUGGUCUCCUUAAAAUCUAAUAUGGUUGAAAUUAAAAGGGAACAAUGGAUUAAGGAUGCUGAAGAAUGUGAAGCAUCUCAGUCGGUUAAAACUUGUCACGCCAUUAUUAGUGCUGUAAUUGGGAAUGGAGUUGACGACGAGGACCGGAAACACACAUGGAUCGAGGAUGCGGAGGCAUGCACGUCUCACGGUGCUAUUGAAACAGCACGAGCAAUAUACGCCCACGCUUUAAGUCAACUUCCUAACAAAAAGGGUAUUUGGAUGAGAGCAGCAUAUUUCGAAAGGGAGCAUGGAACUAGAGAGAGUUUAGAGGGGCUGUUGGUAAGAGCAACUCAAAGCUGUCCGAAAGCUGAAAUUCUAUGGCUUAUGUUUGCUAAAUCGAAAUGGAUGGCUGAUGAUGUGUCUGCUGCCAGGAAAGUUUUAUCAGAUGCCUUCCAGGCUAAUCCAAAUUCAGAAGAAAUUUGGUUAGCCGCCGUAAAAUUGGAGAGCGAAAACUCUGAAUACACUCGGGCAAGAAAGCUGCUAGCAAGAGCUAGGACUAAUGCACCUACUGCUAGAGUUUUUAUGAAAUCUGUUAAAUUAGAAUGGUGUUUAGGUGAUUUACAAGAGGCUGUGAAAUUAUGUGACGAAGCCCUUGGUCACUAUAACACUUUCGCUAAAUUAUGGAUGAUGAGGGGUCAAUUGGAAGAAAAGAUGGGCAACGACGACAGAGCUAGAGACUGCUAUACGAACGGUACCGUUAAAUGCCCAAGAGCCAUACCCCUGUGGAUUCUAUUAUCCAGAUUGGAAGAACGGAAGGGGAACACAACAAAAGCAAGAUCAAUUUUAGAAAAGGCACGUUUAAAAAAUCCUAAAAUUGAUCUCCUAUGGUUAGAAGCCAUAAGAGUUGAAAGAAGAGUUAAUCCAACGAAUACUAUAGCCGAAAAUCUUUUGGCUAAAUCCCUACAAGACUGUCCAAAUUCUGGAUUAUUAUAUGCUGAAGCUAUAUUCAUGGAAUCGAGACAACAAAGGAAAGCAAGGUCGGUUGACGCUCUAAAACGUUGUGAGCACGAUCCUCACGUUCUCUUAGCCUGUUCAAAAUUAUUUUGGACCGAAAGAAAAAUGACUAAAGCUAAAGAAUGGUUUGAAAGGACUGUUAAACUAGAUCCAGACAAUGGUGAUUCAUGGGCAACAUAUUAUAAAUUUUGCGUUAUGCACUUAAAUGAAGAAGAUGCUAGAAAAAUUAUGUUAAGGUGUGUUAGUGCCGAACCCAAACACGGUGAAUUAUGGUGCAUGACAUCAAAAGACGUUAACAACUGGAAACUAAAAACUGAAGAAAUAUUGCCGAUUGUAACCGACUUAAUAGCUGUACCGCAUUAGUAAUAGGUGUUGAUGUUGUUUUUUUUCCCUUUCUUUUAAGUUUGUACUUAUCUCGUAAAUGGAUUAUACUAUAGCUUUACAAUACAUUUUUCUAUGUUCA